CAAACACUCAAAAUCUCUUGAUGUGGGGAGACCACAUGGCAGUGCACAAUGAGGCUCCCAGGAGCACUGCUUGCCUCCGCAUUUCUGGCGUCAGCUGAGCUUCGGCCCCCGCCUGACCUGGAGGGCGUCUUUCGUCAUGCGGCAUCCCCACUGGUGUCACAGUGGUUGUCCCAAGAUGCGUUUGGUCAGCUGGCUGACACAACCUUUCCCUGCGUGAAGGUGAUGCUCUUGCUCGACUGGAUCAUGCAAAAGUAUCACACCUCCUUCGAGCGGAUCAAAUCUGACUUGAAUCUGUGGAAGGACAUGCUGGUCAGCAAUGGCUGGCAAGGCCAAACACCACAGGAGUGGUUUACUUCCACGAGUUACUAUGCCCUUCUGCAGCCAGUGAUUGAGAUGCAGAGGACCAGUCAGCAGGUGAUGGAGUUUCUGCAUGUGCUCUCCAUGGUUCAUGGUGAAAGGUGCUUCUAUCCUGAACUUCGAGAUGCUCUAGGUUAUUCUGUAACUUGGCUCUCCAAGCUUUCAGAGGAGAUUCACAAGAUGCAGCUGUCGGCGGUCUACCACUCGCGACUGUCGUUGUGGGAGGUCUCUACGGAUGUGCUGCGGCAUUUGCUCCCAACGAUAGAUGUACUGCACGCUGCGGCGCAGUUUGCCGACUCCUUCUCUGAGGUGAGACUAAUCCUUGACAAGCUGGCAUCGCAUAGCCACGACGGUGUCAGCAUUACGCUUCCGCAAGCAGAAGGCUCGCCCUAUCAGGAUGGAGGGGGCGCCUUUUCCGACAUGAGCUUCAUCGUCCGGAACCUGACCUCUGGCUGGCACCUGGACUACGCAUUGGUCGCCUCCCUGCUGAGGCUUUGGGCGGCCCCAGCCACAGUUGCCCCUGGCUGCCACACCUCCAUCGCUGACUUCGGCGCGGGCGGUGGGCACUACUGCAGGUUCUUCAACAAGACUGGGGAGUACUGUUGUUUUGCCUACGACGGGUCGCCAAAGGCAGCCUUCUACACUGGUGGUGCGGUUCAGACCCAGCGCUUGGAUGAGCGCUUUGACCUCGGCAGGCGCUUUGACUGGCUCCUAUGCAUCGAGGUCCUGGAGCACAUCCCUGGCGACCGGGAGGCGGUGGCCUUGGCCAACUUGCGGCGGCAUGCCGGAAAGGGCCUGGUGGUGUCGUGGUCGGAGCAUAGCGGCCCGGGGCAUCCAAAUGCCAAGCCCUGGGUCCAGGUGCGUGCAGCUGUCGAGGCUGCUGGCUUUGAGCUGGAUGCAGAUGCUACUCAGCUCAUGCGGACGCAGGCCAGGCUUAGAUGUAUUCGAUCGCAUCCUGCCUGACAUAGCUAGUCUUUUCUUCAGAGGAACGCACAUUGAUCCUGUCUGCAGGUUCUGUGGCUCACAGACGCUGUCCAUGUCUUCAGAGCGGUCUGAAGUG